AAAUGUCAUCGCAGAUAUUUCACUACAAAUUCUACUACUACCAUAAAAAUUAAACCAUUAUUAUCAACCAAAAAUUUGAAGCGGCAAAAAGUAUAGAAUGAUUAGACUUUUGCAUUCUUUAUUGAGAUAAGGAAUUAAUUUGCGUAAUUUACAAACUACAUUACAUAGUUUGUAUAUGAUCCAACAGUUUUUUUUUAAUUUCAUGCAAAGCUACAAUACUUGGGCAAAAAAUAAUUCUUCAAAUAUACACAUUUAAAGCAGAAACAUUAUAGUACAGUCGAAUUUUGUAGUGAAGCAUUUGGUAUGAUGAUAUGGCUGAUUGAAUGGAAAAAAAGAGAUGUCAAGUGUUAACAAUACUAAAAAUGGAGCAACCUGAAAUCAAUUCUAUGAUGCUCCCAAGGUCGUUAAAUAGUAGAAUGCUCUUUAAUAACUCUCUUGCGAGUUGGUGCUUUUCUACUAAGUAGAAUUCUGCUGUGCUCAAAAGAAAUCAUGCAAUAAUUUUUGCAAUAUAAAGUGGGUAUAGCUCAAGAUAAAUUGUAGAUGUUAUAAUUGGUGGAAAUGUAUCAAUUAAACCUAUAUAGAAACUACAUAUUUUUUGAACUUGCUGCUUGCAACAUUGUCUGUUAAAAAUGUAUGCUUUAUAGCUACCAAUUGUCACUAACUUGAAAGUCAUAUCUACCGCAGAUAUCUCUUUUAAGCGUGAGACAUCAAUGGUAAAAUUCAUAUAUUAGUAUCAAAAAAUGUUGUGAAAUUGUUAGAUUAUUUCUAUUAAACACAGCAGUAUUGAAGUACUACUUAAACCACCCCAAUUACCUUUCACUUUAACAUACAAAAUUCUAAAAAUGGAAAUUCAAAAUAGUAUUUAUGAAGUAUAUAUCUGAAGCAGCCAACUCACAAAAAGGGUAUAUGAAAGUGUUGAUCCCAUCCGUGACAAGUUAAAAAGAGUGUGUACAGUGUCUUCUUGGAGGACCAACAAAUCCCCUGGACUUCAACUACCUAGAAAUAGGUAAAACACCCGCUCUAUACUAGAUAAUAAGCCGGCGACUUGCAGUCAAUAUCUUUUUUCUUAACAAACAGCAUUGUAUUUAUGUAUAGGUAUCUACAGAUGUGAAACUGCCUAUUUUGUAUCUCAUCGAUUGUAUUGUGAAGAACGUAGGGGGUACUUACACACAACUCUUCAGUCAGAAUAUUGUAUCGACGUUCUGUAAUGUCUUUAAAGCGCGGGUCAGGGCGCUUCAUCAAAAAGGAAAAGAACAGUCUCUAUUUAGCGCCCCUGAUUUCCACAACCCAGCCCCUAUAUUCCAGGUGGAUGAGAAGACCAGAGCAGAGAUGUUCAAGCUGCGCCAGACGUGGAAUGACGUUUUUCCGCAGAUGAAAUUGUAUGCCAUCGAUGUCCAGAUCAGCCUGUUGGAUCCCGCUUGGCCUGUCACCGCCAAACCCCCGUCAAAUAGCAUACAUUUCAACCCCAAGUUCCUCAAAUCGAAUCCGCCUCAGGGGAAGAUGAAAGAAGAGACGCCUCCUACAGUAUCUGCUAACCCACCAAGUACAAUAGACAAAGAGACUCUGUUGAUGCAGGAAAAACUUAUACAGAAACAGAAGGAAUUGUUGGAAUUGCAACAAAAAAAGCUCGAGCUGGAGGUGCUUCAGACCAAGGUGAAGCUACAGGAACAAAUCAAAAGCGGUGUGUUACCUGUCAGACCGCAGAAUAUUUUAUUGAAGCCAGAAGUAGCAAAGCAACUUGUUCCUGGUCUGAGUAAACAUAAACCUGCUGGAAUCGGUGCUGCGACGAUGUUGCAACACCAACGGCCACCGCCUGCAAUACCGGCGAUACCGAAUAGCAACGGUUCCAGAAUCCACCCGGCAAGUAGCGCCCUCAUCGCAGCCGCGGCGGCGAGGCCAAUCAGAGACCCGAGGUUGCUCAGGCAGCAGCAACAACAGCAGCAAAUCCAGCAGCGUGUAUCUGCUCAGGUCCAGCCUGAACAAGCAACCUCGCAGAAACCUCUUAUUGGUUCCGGCAAUAGGGCGCCAAGCGAUAAACAUAGGAAUCGGAAGUCCAGGAGAGACCCAAGGAUCGCAUCGAAGGAAGAAAAAAAGGAGGUCAAGGAGGACCAAACAAUCACCAACAGAGAGCAGAGAUCCCCCAAACUACCGUCAGGUCCAAAGCCAGCAUCACCAGUUCCGAAAACGUCCUCUCCCAAGCGGGACUCCCCGGUACCUAAAAGCACAGAGAGCCUCACGACGGGGUCAACAUCCAGCUUAGAUUCACCCACGAAAUCGAAGAAAGAGGAAAAGAAGACGUCACAGCCAUCUUCUCCGUCUGGAAGGAGGAAAAAGGACCGAUCUCAAAAAGAGAGGUCGACCAGGAUGCCGAUGGUACCGGAACCACCCACCAUUAGCGGCGAGGACGCGACGAAACCGACGGCGACGUUCCAUUCCACCAAGGGGUCCAUCAAGAAUAGGAAUUAUAUGAAAAACUAUCUUCGCAUGCGUGGCCAUUUGGACAAAUUAGAAACGCAGCAAUCCCCCACUCGCCCAGCACCACAAGAUGAAGAUUUACGGUUCGCUCCCCCUGAGAAACAGCCAAGACUGCAACUACCUCCUUCAACCGUCCAACCGCCUGCACAAACCCCUUCGCAGCCAUCCCCAUUACAGCCUUCACCGCAGCAAAAGGAAAACGAAAAAGUAAUUCCUGCUGUUUCUGCUGCACCGCAAGUUCCAUCAGCUCCAAAAGGUGGAAUGGACGUGGACCUGAGACAACUGCCAACCGGCACCACGAAGAAGAGGACGUCCACCGAGAACUUGGAGCAGCCUUCAACUAAGAGGAGCAAGUCGGAGACUCUGGAUAAACUAUUUGGUGACGAAGACACGGAUCUGAGACAGCUACCGGUUGUUGACAGACCACAAACACCUCCUCCGCCGAUCAUAUCAAGCAGUGCUGUUGACAGUCCAAAGGAGAAACCAGAGUCGCCCAGUAAGAGCAACUUGGACGCUAUUAGAGCGAAAUUGGCCAAUGCUACAAAUAGAGAUAAAGUCUUGUCCAAGUCAUACCACAAGAAGAAAACAAACUUAGAAGACCUGGACCUUCGAGUCCCGAAAGACAUUCCACCCAAGAUCAUCAUCACGCCCGAGGACGAGCACAUCAUCAAAUCGGGCAUCAUGACUAAAGAGCAAGAAGCUCAGCUUCUUAGCAAGAUCAUCGUCCAGAUGGAGAAGAACAAGCUAAAAGAGGCCAGGAAAAAGGACCACGAGCAAUCGUUCAACGUCUCCUUGCAGCCAAUCAGUGACGAGGAAUUUUUAGGCAGCGAUGAAGAGGAGAAAUCAAGCGGAGGCGGGUUCGAACUUCCGCAGAUCAAUGCCGAUCUACCGAAAGAGGGCGUGGUUAUGCCGUUUAAUGAUAAGGAUGAAAGGAUCGGGAUGGGACAUUUCGUGCCCAUGCAUAAUGAGUACCAGCCGCAGCAGUUCUAUCCUAGGGAUGCACAGGGCGGUUUUCCGAGAAGGUUCCCAGCUCCUUGGAGAGGCAGAGGCAGGGGACGCCACUGGGACAAUCAACCAACACAACAUGGCCCAAGAGGCGGCCCGCGGCAAUGGGGCACUUGGAGGAACCUCGGCCCUCAAUCGCAAUCACGCGAUUUCGUGCCAAUGCAGCAUUCAAUUCCAGUUGAAGAGGAAAUGCCUGGCAGUCCCGAGAUGCCAUCUGGAGAUCAGUUGACCAACGGUGCCGUCAACCAGGAUGAGAUCAAGACAUUGUUCAUUGAUGGUUCGCCCAAGGACAUCCGAUUCUAUGAUGAAACUGCAGUGGUGUUCAUCAAUUGGGAUGAUCCUAGGGAGAUUACGUUCCAGGAGGAAGGGGUCCGGCAUGUUACGUUCAACGAUAAGGAGACGUAUGCGUUAGGGUUCGAUCAGCCUUAUGUUGAAGUAAAGGUGAACGGUAAUCCGCACUUGGUUCGAAUCGGUGCCCCGUCCCGCGAACUGUUCAUCGAUCACGUGCCGUACGAAUGCUAUUUCGGCGCUGGAAUUUGCAUAAAACUAGACGGCGUAUCUACCACAGUCAAACUAGACGGCCCGCCCCCGCAGGUGAAAAUCGGCGAGAAACGGCGCACCGACCUUGUAGCAGGAAAAAUCAGCAUGUUCGUAGACGCCGUCAUCAUGGUUCCAGUCUUCCUGGACGCGAAGCUGCAGCGGUUCAGCAUCCACGGCGAAACGAGCACUCUAAGAUUUGUAAAUGCUUUAGAAACAGUAUUAAUAAACGAUACCCCUUUUAAUGUAGAAUACGGUGGUCUCCCUAAACCUAUUAUGAUCCACGGUAAAAAGCGUUUCAUAAGGUUUUCAGUGCUGCCGAGAGGCGUGAAGGCAGGCAAGGUGCGUCUGAAGGAUAUGGAGGGGGGUGGUAGUGCCAGUCCUGAACAACCUGAAGAGGAGGAUGGGCAGGAUGUAGCGAGAGGCGUGUCUACGGCGUAUGACCCCGCCCAACAGGGCGUGGCCACAGGAAGGGAGUCGCCAGAGCGAAAUUCUAGCUCGCCGGGACUCUUCCAUAAUUUCCUACAUCAACAGAGUCUGAGCAAUUUGGAUGCGUUAACAAAUGCAAUAGCGCCAUCUUUCGGUCCGUCACCGUCAAGUCAAGGAUAUCAAGUGGAAAAUCAACAGCAGGGAGCUCCUGCAGGAGGAGUCAAACCAGCACAAUCGCCUGCGAAACCCGCCAAUGCGCCUCUAGUCAAUAUCAACGAGUUGUUCCAAAAAUUGGUUGCAUCAGGUUUCGUGACGAGCAGCGUAGCAGCCGCAGCUGCUACUGCGGCGGCAACGCCUCAACCGAUUACCGCGACCUCCAUCGGCAUUAUCAAGGACUCGUCUGCGGGGUCAGACAGUACCGUGAUACCGGUAUCUGGUGCAAGCGGUACUGUGCCGCAGCUGCCAGAUCCUCAUGAUAGACGUCACAACCAGCAACAGCAAGCACCAUCAUCGAAGAAAAAGACCAUUUGCGAUACGUUGAGGCCCAUCUCGUUGAGCAAGCCAGAAACGUUGAGGGUUCGGCAAGCUGCUUUAUAUACGGCCCUCUACUCUGGAAUGCAGUGCAGUAGUUGUGGCGUGAGAUUUUCUCCUGAAGCGACUAUGCUCUACAGCCAGCAUUUGGACUGGCAUUUCAGACAAAACCGCAGAGGCAAAAAGAACGCGAGGGUGGCGUCUAGCAGAAAAUGGUAUUAUGCGUUAGCAGAUUGGAAAAAUUACGAAGAGCUGGAGGAUUUGGAAGAAAGAGAGAAAAACUAUUUCGAUCAACAGCAACAGGCAGAGGGCGCAGCCGAGGAGGCAGAUGAAGAAGUGGAAAUACCCAGUGUACCUGCUGAUCCAGAGUCUACGGAUGAAUGCUGUGAAGUGUGUAGGGAUAAGUUUGAUCAAUUUUUCAAUGAGGAGAAGGAAGAAUGGCAUCUUAGGAACGCUAUCAGGGUUGACAAUAAGACGUAUCAUCCUGUCUGCUACGAGGAUUACCUGCAAUCCCGGAACGACCAAAGCACGUUAGACGAGAGCACGAAGACUGAACCGCCUCCAGCAGAGGAGGACACAGACAACAUUCCUGGUCUGGAGAUCGUGAAUCUGGAUGAUGACGAUGACGAAGAGGAAGUAGCAUCCAGUAAACCGGAAGUGGUAUCUUUAGAGAGCGACGAGUCGAAGAAUGCCACUGUGGAAGCGGAAGAGAGUCAACCAUCUCCCGAACCGGAGGAGGAUGAUGGAGAUGAUGAUGACGUCAUUCUGAAUGAGGUGGCUCCAAUCAAGAUCGUGGUCGACGAUGACGACGACGAUGAUUAUGUUCCAGCGAACGGUAGCAGUCAGGGUGUAAUCAGAAUAAAAGAAGAACAAAUCGAUGAUGGAUUCGUAGAGGUCUCGGGGUUGGUUAGUUUGCAGAAUGGCGGACAGAUCAAAAUCAAGGCAGAGCCAAUAGACUUAGAUGACAUCCAAGACGUCCCGGAUACAUCGGCCACUUCCGAGACGGUAGAACUCGAGGAAUCCAGCAAACUGCCACCCGCUCAUCCAGAGUUGGUUCCGUCAAUCGACGGCAACGUAGAGAUCGUCUCCAUGUCCUCGAACGCCGGCUCGACCCUCAGCGGAAAAAUCAAGAUAAACAUAAGCAAACCUCUUCCUCAACCCCAAGACUCCAAAGACGAAGUGUUGACUGAAAACAGCUUCCCGACAGAGACGACCUAUGUCGAUCCUUUUGAACCAUUCCCGCCCGGGGAAGAACCGGAACCAGUGUCGGUGAAACCCGCGUUGAAAAGUGUCAAACUGAACAAGUUGCCGCCAGUGCGCAGAGGCGAGGAACUUACAGGGCUAUGUUCGAUAAUGUGAUCUUUUUUAGGUGAAUUCUUUUUGUACAUAAUGAGUGUAAAUAUUUACUGGAUAUAGUUGUUUUUAUGUUAUCGAUAGUAACAUGUGGACGAGCCCGAAUUCCCAGGUCAAUCUGCGAACGAUGCCUGUUGUUAUUGUUGGAAAUAAAUUGGAUUUUUCCUAUCAUGUGUGUAUAAUUUGCGAUAUUCAUUAUAUUUGGAGUUUAAUUGAAUUUUAAUUUGGACACUGGAGUUUAUGUGUAUAUAGUUGUACUGAAUAAAGGUUAGUUUAGUCACACCAUAUA